CCUGGAAUGAGCCAGGAGGGAGGAGCAAGCGGAAGGAAGGAAGCCUGUGUGCAGCUAGCUGGCCCAUCAGCCCUGGACACAACCUCUCCCAGUGGCCAGUUUGGACUCCCUGGGACUAGCUACAGCUGGGCAUGGCGGGAUCCGCACAGGUGCCGACACUGGUGUACCUGGUCACAGGUGGCUGUGGCUUCCUGGGGGAGCACAUUGUUCGGAUGCUGUUGGAGCGGGAGCCCAGGCUCCGGGAGCUGCGUGUCUUUGACCUGCACCUGGGUUCCUGGCUGGAGGAGCUGAAAACAGGGCCUGUGCAGGUGACCGCCAUCCAGGGGGACGUGACUCAGGCCCACGAGGUGGCAGCUGCCAUGGCUGGAUGUCAUGUGGUCAUCCACACAGCUGGGCUGGUGGAUGUGUUUGGGAAGGCCAGUCCAAAGACCAUCCACAAAGUGAAUGUGCUAGGCACACAGAAUGUGAUUGAGGCCUGUGUGCGGACUGGAACUCAGUUCCUGGUCUACACAAGCAGCAUGGAAGUUGUGGGGCCUAACGUCAAGGGCCACCCCUUCUACAGGGGCGAUGAAGACACCCCAUAUGAGGCAGUCCACAGGCACCCCUACCCUUGUAGCAAAGCCCUUGCUGAACAACUGGUCCUGGAAGCCAAUGGAAGAAAGGUCAAUGGAGGGCUGCCCCUGGUGACAUGUGCCCUUCGACCCACGGGCAUCUAUGGUGAAGGUCAUCAGGUCAUGAGAGACUUCUACAACCAGGGCCUGCGCUUUGGAGGUCGGCUGUUUCGGGCCAUCCCAGCUUCUGUGGAGCAUGGUCGGGUCUAUGUUGGCAAUGUGGCUUGGAUGCACCUGUUGGUGGCCCGAGAACUGGAGCAGCGGGCCGCGCUCAUGGGUGGCCAGGUAUAUUUCUGCUAUGAUAAGUCACCUUAUAAGAGCUACGAGGACUUCAACAUGGAGUUUCUGGGUCCCUGUGGACUUAGGCUGAUAGGCACCCACCCACUUCUACCCUACUGGCUGCUAAUGCUUCUGGCUACCCUCAACGCCCUCCUGCAGUGGUUGCUCCGCCCACUGGUGCGGUACACACCCCUGCUGAACCCCUAUACUCUGGCCAUGGCCAACACCACCUUUACUGUCAGUACCAACAAGGCACAGCGCCAUUUCGGCUAUAAGCCCAUCUUCUCAUGGGAAGAGAGCAAGGCCCGCACCAUUCACUGGGUGCAGGCCUUGGAGGGUUCGGCCAGGUGAUGUGGCCAGGGACUGGAGGCCGCUGUGGUGCAUACUCAAGAUCCUGAGCUUCAGAACUGGAUGGAGAGAAGUGGCUGCCUUCUGAAGCUGGGGCUGCGGUGCCUGACUGCAUGGGUGAUGUGGACCCUGCCACAUUUUAACUAUCCCAGCUUCCAAGUUCUAGGACAGGGGUUGGGGACAGGCAUAUCUUUGGUCCCAACUGAUUCCUGAUGGUCCCACUACCCCUUCCCAUUUCCAGUUUCUCAAGCUGGAAGGGGCAAAGAUCCCAGACACCUGCUGGUCUGCUUACUCCAGGUGUCUUCAGACCUGCCUUCUGCCACAUCUGGCUCUCCUUAAGAGGUUAUAGGUCCAUCUUUUUUUUGUUGUUUUUUGUUUGUUUGUUUGUUUGUUUUUUGGUUU